GGUGGCGAAGCUCCGCGGGAGCGGCCGCCCCGGACCGGGCCGAGCCGAUGCCGGCGGCCGAGCCCGCCGCCGCCGGAGCCAUGUCCCAGCCCGAGGCGGAGCGGGCGGGCGGCGGCUCCGCUCCGGAGCCGGAGCCGGGGGCCGGGCCGGGGCCGGGGCCGGGGCUCCCCGCGCGGGCCCCCCACCGCAGCCGCGGCCGGCGGCCCUCGGGGCGCGACUCCCGCCGCGCCUCCUCCCGCUUCAACCGGCGGAGCUCGGCCGAGCUGGAGCUGCUGGGCUACCCGGCGCCGGGCGGGGGGCGCGGGGGGUCGCCGCCGCCGCCGCCGGGCGCCGCGGGGCACCGGGAACCGGAGGAGACGGAGAGCGAGGAGGUGGAGACGCGCGCGGUCGCCACCUCCCCCGACGGCCGGUUCCUCAAGUUCGACAUCGAGAUCGGCCGCGGCUCCUUCAAGACCGUCUACAAGGGGCUGGACACGGAGACCACCGUGGAGGUGGCCUGGUGCGAGCUGCAGACGCGGAAGCUGUCGAAGACAGAGCGGCAGCGGUUCAGCGAGGAGGUGGAGAUGCUGAAGGGGCUGCAGCAUCCCAACAUCGUCCGCUUCUAUGACUCCUGGAAGUCAUCCAUCAAAGGCCAGAUCUGCAUCGUGCUCGUCACAGAGCUCAUGACGUCUGGCACCCUGAAAACCUAUCUGAAGCGGUUCAAGGAGAUGAAGCUGAAGGUGCUGCAGCGCUGGAGCCGGCAGAUCCUCAAGGGGCUGCAUUUCCUGCACACCCGCUCCCCCCCCAUCAUCCACCGCGACCUCAAGUGCGACAACAUCUUCAUCACGGGCCCCACCGGCUCGGUCAAGAUCGGGGACCUGGGCCUGGCCACGCUCAAGCGAGCCUCCUUCGCCAAGAGUGUCAUAGGCACCCCCGAGUUCAUGGCGCCAGAGAUGUACGAGGAGAAGUAUGACGAGGCGGUGGACGUCUACGCCUUCGGGAUGUGCAUGCUGGAGAUGGCCACCUCGGAGUACCCCUACUCCGAGUGCCAGAACGCCGCCCAGAUCUACCGCAAGGUCACCUCGGGCCUGAAGCCCAGCAGCUUCUACAAGGUGAAGGUGCCAGAGCUGAAGGAGAUCAUCGAGGGCUGCAUCCGCAUGGACAAGAACGAGAGGUACACCAUCCAGGACCUGCUGGAGCACUCCUUCUUCCAGGAGGACACGGGAGUGCAUGUGGAACUGGCUGAGGAGGAUGACGGCGUCAAGUCUGGGCUCAAACUCUGGCUGCGCAUGGAUGACACGAAGAAGCUGCAUGGCAAGUACAAAGACAACAACGCCAUCGAGUUCCUCUUUGAGCUCUACAAGGAUGUGGCAGAGGAGGUGGCCCAGGAGAUGGUGGUCCUGGGCUUCGUCUGCGAGGCUGACUACAAGCUGGUGGCCAAGGCGGUGCGGGACCGUGUGGUCGCCAUCAAGCGCAAGCGAGAGAAGCUGAAGCGUGCCCAGGACAUGCUGUCGCCUGCAGAGCCAGAGCAGCCGCCGGGUGUCCUGCAGCUGCUGGAGGAGCUCAAGUCCCCGCUGCCGCCUGGCGUCCCUGUGCCUGCCCCAGCCACCCCCGGCUCUGGGGACUCUGUCUUCAGCAGCACCUUCCCCCCGGAGCCCGAGGAGCCCGAGGCUGACCAGCACCAGCACUUCGCCUACCGGCACACCAGCUACUCCUCGGCCACCUCUGACUGCGAGACGGAUGGCUACCUGAGCUCUUCUGGCUUCCUGGACUCCCCGGACCUGGCCCAUCACAGCUUCUCGGUGGGGGAUCCUGCCAGCCCGCCGCCCACCCGCCCCAUACGCUGCUUCCCCACGAGCAUCGCGGUGCAGCUGCCCACCGAGCGCCUGCCCCCAGCCAGCGGCUUCUCCUCCCCAGUGGACAGCUAUGCCUCAGAUGUGGCAUCUGGCAUGAGCGACAGCUGCGAGGGGCUCUCGGCUGGUGAGCGGAGCGCCAAGCUGCCGCCCAAGCGGGCUUCAGGAAAGCUGCUGCGGCGCCGAGCCCGGUCCAGGCUGCGCAUCACCAACAUCUCCGACAAGAACGACCGGGUGGUGGAGUGCCAGCUGCAGACCUACAACAACAAGAUGGUGACCUUCAAGUUUGACCUGGAUGGGGACAAUCCGGAGGAAAUCGCGGCCGUCAUGGUCCACAACGAGUUCAUCCUCAAGUCGGAGCGGGACGGCUUCAUCCACCGCAUACGGGACAUCAUCCACCGCGUGGAGACCCUGCUCCGCAAGGACGGGCGCAGCACCACCGAGCUGCCCGAGAGCCCUGAGGCUGACCGUGGCGCGGGCAGCCCCGCGGACCUGCAGCUGCUGGAGCUCUCGCGUUCCAUCUCCUCCUCGUCCUCGCUCAGUGACCUGGGCUGCACCAGUCCCAGCCUCUCGGUCCAGUCCCCCAUCCUGCCGUCGCUGAGCAGCUCCCCAUUGGAGAAUGACCUUGUCAGCCCCACAGAGCUGCCGGCAGCCCCAGCGCAUGAGCUGCAGCAGACGCUGAUGGGCUCCCCCACAGGCUCCAUGCAGACCUGGCCCCUCGUCUCAACGGCUCCCUCCUGGCUGACGGCUUCACCGGCAUUCCCGCAGACCCCCCCAAGCACCCCGGGGGGGCCUGUCCCACCAGCCCUGUCCCAAGCCCUUCUGUCCCCACUGCCACUCCCCACAUCCCCUGUCCCCAGUGGGCCCAGCAACCCCCUGAGCCCAGCUGGGACCAGCACGUGCUGGUCCCCCACCACCCCCCUCCUGUCCCUGGCCAACGUCUUCUCCCUGGCAGUGAUGAGCGUGGCCCACACGCUGCUGCCCACCGUCUCCUCCAUUGCUGGCUCCGGCGGGCACCUCUACCCCCCACUGCUGCCACGGCCACAGAGCCUUGUCCUGGGGCCCCCGCGCUUCGUCUACCCUGACCCUGCCAGCAUGGCCAAGUCAGCCCCGGCCCGUGGUGGGACCCAGGAGUCAGCGGGGGCUGAUGUCCCCACUGCUGGGGUGCCCAUGCCAUUCCCUCCCCCGGCACCAGCCUCGCCAUGCCCCGCAGGCAGCGAGGCUGCAAGGAGUCUCCUGCCAUCACUGAGCACAUCUACGCCGGGGAGCCCGGAGGGUAGUGCGGUGCAGCCUGGCUCCCCCAAGCCCAGCCACUCGCUCAUUGUCUCAGAGUCGCCAGCCUCUGGCGUGCCCAAGGCCCGGCUCUCGCCCAUCAACGAAGGUGAGGUGGGGAAGGGCCAAGGCUGCGCCAUAUGGCCCCUGUCUGUGCUGGGGCACCGCGAUGUCCCUGCUAGCCCAUGGGCCCUGAACCCCACCAACUGUCCCCUGUCCCCAGCAGAAGCCAAGCCCCAGAUCCUGGGCCGGUUCCAGGUGACACCGACCAAGGACCCGGACGCGACCUCCCCGCUGCCAGGCAGCAGCGAGGGCACCGGUGAGGGUGAGCAGUGUGGCACGGAGCCGGCGGUGAGCAGCUCCCCACUGCCCGCAGCCCCUGACACAGGGGGCAGCUCAAGCAGCGACUCGGACUUGGCACUGGAGAUGGCAGAGCAGGACCCCGAGGCUGAGGAGGCGCUGGCCAAGGAGGGCACGGUGGUGCCGGCGGAGAGCGACCGGGAGGGCCCCGGGGAGGAGGGCGCAGAGAGCGCGCCGCAGGCGGUGCUGAGCCAGGUGUGGCUGAGCUACUCCCGCAGCUUGUCCUACCUGAGCAGCGAUGACACGGAGAGCGAGGACGAGGAGAUCUGGGAGGAGCUGCAGAACCUGCGCCAGAAGCACCUGGCUGAGGUGCAGCUGCUGCAGAGUGCCCAGAAGAAGGAGAUCGAGGAGCUGUACCUGCGGAUGGGGAAGCAGCCGCCGCUGGGCAUCGUCUCCCCUGCUGCCAUGCUCUCCAGCCGCCAGCGACGCCUCUCCAAGGGCAGCUUCAACCCCUCCCGCCGCAACAGCCUGCAGCGCCUGGAGCUGGCGCAGCCCCCAGGCAUCAUGCGCCGUAACUCGCUGAGCGGCAGCAGCACCGGCUCGCAGGAGCAGCGGCUGAGCAAGGGGGUGACCUUCGCUGAUGACUUCGGCCGGAUGUAGCCAGCUGGCCAGGAGUGACCUCAUGAACUACCUCAACCAAGUGCCUGCUGCCCAAGGGGUGGGUGAGAGCCUCUGUGCCUCCUGGGAGGACAGCACCGGCCCUGGGGGCAACCAGCGCCCUCGGGCUGAGCCAGCUGGGUGCCUGGCCCCUGCCUUGGCCCCUGUGCCCCUUGGCUAUGCGCCCGCGGCAGGAUACCUGCUGCCUCUGUAUCAGAGGGAGGGCAGGCCUGUCCCAUGCUUGUCCUCCCAUCUCCUCCCUCCUUGUGCCCCCUGGCCCCCUCCCUGCCGUUCCCAGCCCGUUUGCUCAAGCUCGGCCCCAGCUGCAGGACACAUGCAAGGCGCCGCCAUCCUUCAUGGCUUUAUUCUGAGCUGAACCCACGCAGGCAGAACCGGGCCCCGCUGGUGCCCUGCCCUGAGCAGAACCACCUCCCCCCACCGCGUCCCAGCCAUGAUACAUCCCCAUCCCGGCCACCACGCCACCCUCCAGCUCUGCCCUGGGGCUGCUCCAGGCCUGCUCCCUGCAUGGGACAACAUACGCGGGGGCUGAGCCCACUGCCCUGGGGCUGCCCUGCUUGCUGCCACCCUCAUCUCAUUCUGCACAGCCCAGAACGACCUGGCUGCGGAGUAGGAAGAAGCUUCCCUCAGCCCCGUAAGGCGAUAGAGCUGGUGCACCAGGAAUGGCAGUGGGUGCACUUUGUUACAAACUGAUGUCUGGAAGGUGUUUUCAUAAAUAUGAAUUAAAUACAAA